UUGUUCAAUAUUUAAAAAUUGAUUGGGCAAAAAAUGGUGAAUUGGUAUUAUGGAUCAAUUCGAUGAUUAUCGCCAUAUUACUAAUUAUGAUGUCACAAACGAAUAGUGUUUUUAUCGCUUAUAUCCUAUAUGUCGCAUUUAUAACAAUUUAUCAAUUACUUAUAACUACAGCAAUUAUGAAUAUUGCAACAGAAUUAACAACAGCAACAUAUGGUUUUGUAUUUGGUUCCAGUACAUUUGUUGCACUACUUCUGCAAACAAUCCUAACAUUAAUUGUUGUUGAUGAACAUGGCCUAGCACUUGAUAUACGUACACAGGUUUCAUUUUAUUUCAAAAUUUUAUAAGAUAAAAUUAUUUGACAAUAAAAUUUUUAUUCAAAAAUUAU